UCCCACACUACGUAGCCAGGCCGACAGAAAGUUUUUUGCUGGCUGGAAAACACGUAGCCAUCCCGGUAUGUUUGCGAACUAAAGGCAGUGGAAUUAUUUUUAUCACAGAUUUGGCCAUCAGGGGCUGAUUUGGGAUUUACAAUUUGACUUUGGAUGGAGUUUAUUUCUUUAUUUCGCGCAGUCCAGAAUCACUACAGAAGCACUGACGAGGAUCGGAAUUUACCGGUGACAAGUUUGUGAGGAGUGAAAAAGUGAAAAGAGGGAUCCACUCGUUGCCACCAUAAAAGAGAAAGGGAAGAUUUACAGUGUUCGGUCGAUAAGAAAGUUCCUGGAUUAAAGAGACAGUUCUUAUUUACCCUCUUUUGAUUUCUUCCUUUAAGAACAGCUCCAACUAUGGCGAAAAAGUAUGAUUUCCUAUUUAAACUGUUACUCAUCGGGGACAGCGGUGUGGGAAAAACAUGUCUGAUCAUACGUUUUGCUGAGGACAAUUUCAACACCACAUAUAUUUCGACCAUCGGCAUCGACUUUAAAGUAAAAACAAUUGAGGUGGAUGGGAAGAAAGUGAAACUCCAAGUCUGGGACACAGCAGGACAGGAGAGGUUCAAAACUAUUACAACAGCCUACUACAGGGGAGCCAUGGGCAUCAUUCUGGUGUAUGACAUCACAGACGAGAAGUCCUUCGAAAACAUCCAGAACUGGAUGAAGAGCAUUAAAGAAAAUGCAUCUGCUGGGGUCAAUCGGAUGCUGCUCGGCAAUAAGUGUGACAUUGAGACAAAGCGGAAAGUUUCCAAAGAGACAGGAGAAAAGCUGGCAAAAGAUCAUGGUAUCAGAUUCUUUGAGACCAGUGCAAAGUCCAGCAUUAAUGUGGAAGAGUCUUUUCUGGCUUUGGCACGAGACAUACUGUAUAAAUCCAGCAAGAAGCCGGCCCAGACAAGCCGAGAGGUGAAAAUCACCAGCAGUACAGAGAAAAAGACCUCUAAGUGUGUUCUUCUCUAGAUAUGCCAAUAUAUCACACAGAAAUAUAAGAGCACAUCAGUGUUUUUAAGGAAAAACUGCAUAAUGGUUUGUGUCUCCAUCUGGUGGGCCAAAAGGUGAAUGCAUCAGAUGCUUCGAGUCUGUUCUUAUACCGAAGCAUUUCUUUUCUAUGUUUGGAACAGAUCUUCCACUGUGGCCAAAUUAAUUUAUACUUUUGCAAUAGUGUCUGUAUUCUAAACUAAACAUGUUUCCUGUGAUAUCUACUGUUUUUAAUGUCAUGAAAUGCCCUCCAGCUCCCUCCAUUAUCCACACAUCUGUUUCCACACUGUAUUUUUCUGUCAUAUAUCUUCAUUAUCGUUUAUGUACCAGCACCAUCUCUAAGGACCACAUCUGUGUUUUAAUGUAACUCUUUUGUUCCAUUCUUAUGUGUGUGCACCUGUAGUAGAUAUGUAUAGGAGCUCUGUGGCAGAGGAGGAGUUUGAUGUAAAAUCUUUGGACACAUGUACAUACAUGAUGCACUGGAAGUUCCACGUUGACCCAAUUAUCAUUUUUCAGCCCAAUCUCACCAGGAAAUGUGUGAUAGUUGUUUUUGUCCAUUGGUCCAAAGUGCAGUAGUGUCACAAUCCUUGGUUCUAAUUUGUUAGGUGGUUGUGUCCUGUUGGGGUGUGUCCAUGAGAAACAAAAGGAAUUAAGAUGCAUGAAUGCAUGUUGAUUUAAUUUAAGUUAAUUCCUUUUUUAUUUAACUCAGACUGCACAGUAAUUUUGUGGUUAGUACUGUUAGCUCACAGGCAGAAGGUCCUUGCUUUAAACCACAGCUGGGGCUGGUCUGUGUGGAGUUUGCAUGUUCUCAGCCUGUGUGUCGACAUGUGUGGGUUCUCUCAGAAUACUCUGGCUUCCUCUGACAGUAUGAAAAAAACUAAACAUGCACAUUAGCUUAAUUGGUGGUUCUACAUUGAUCCUAGGGGUGAGUAGUUGUUUGUCUCAUUUCUCUAUGUGUUGGCACUGUGAUUGUGUGGUGACUUACCACCUAAUCCUACCCAUCUGCCAGUAGGAGUGCAGUAAAAAUAUUGGGAAUGAUGUGUCAGAGGGGAAAAGUGUAAAACUUCAUGCAGAAUGAAUCUUGAACUCAUUUUAAUCUUACGUAUUUAAUUCGAUGCCAUCUCUGACAUGAUGGUGCUCAGAGUGCCACACAUUUUGUGGAAAUAGUGCCUUUCAUCAUCCUUUACUUUCUUACUCUCCACAAACAUUUGUGACCACACUACUGUAACAUUUAAAAUACAAUUUAUAGGUCUUUAUUGUGAACUGUUUUGCACUGUGGACCAGUAUGGCCAUUUCACAUUCUGUCAUGACAUUGGGUUGGAUGCAUUUAGUUAGGGGUCCAUGUACACUUCAAAUAUUGUGUUAUAUAGUUUAAGCGCAAACAGGAAAUACUAAAACUGAAAUGUUUUUGGUUAACAGUAGAUGCUGUAUUUGUCUAAUACAUCACAAAGAAGACACUCCAGUCCUACAUAUGACACAUUUUGUUGCCAUGCAGAUACAUUGUAAAAAUGCCCUCGACUUGACACUCUGCAUUAAAUGUUCAUGUUACGUCUGUCACCAGUUUCUGCUCCAUUCAGCUGAAUCCAAUGGGGAUAAAAUACCAUUAAAUUUAAAACAUCCUAAGUUUAUAACAUGGAGGCAUCCUGGUUUCAGUCUAAACAUUAAAAAUAAAUAUUUAAUGCUAAUGAAUAUGAGAUGGCCUUCAGUGGAAUCCACAAGACACUUUGUGGUGAACUCGUCUGGUUUUACUUGAUGAAUGGAUUGAGAAUGUUGAAGGUGGAGAAUAGACAUAAGUGCAAUAUGAGGAGUUGAGUGAUGAGAUGAAAGAAGAAUGAGUAAAGCAAGUGAAUAAACAGGAUGUGAGAGCCAAUGAGGUAGCACUGUGCACACACCCCACACUCUGAAAUGAUUUAGUGGAUCUAACCUUUUAUCUGAAGUGCCUAAGCACCACCACUCAUUAGCUACAUCUGGCAUGUCAACCUGCUCAGGCAAUUUUCCGAUCAUUCAAAAUGACUCUGAUUGUAGUUUUUCCAUCUGAUCCUGACAGUUUCUUUCUUUUUUUUUUUUUUUGCACACAGACACGUUGAAUUUUCCUAUAUUCCCUUCAUACAAUGGAAUUUGUUUUUCUUUCUAGACUUGGCUAAAAUGUUGUAUGUAGUUUACAGGCCUGGUGUUUGAUAAAUAAAAAUAAAAAAAAAGGAAA